AUGUCUACCAGUGUCAUGACCUUAACCAACAUGUCGAUCAUCAACACUCAGGAGUACAGAAACCGACAGCACGAGCGAGAGCGUGAACGAGACCACGACCAAGAAGACGCGUCCGACAACACUCACGCCAGAAAGAAAACCAGAUCUGGCGCCCACCUCCCUUCCCCGCCACUACCAACAACAAUGUACACCGCCGAGGACCUGAUGAACCACACAAGCCCAUUGCCCUAUGUCGCCGCGUCCGCUACCACAACAGCUACACCUAUGUCCUCCUCAUCCACCCCCACCUCGAUGCCUGAGCUUAUGGCUCACAAUACUUCUGCCGUCACCGCUGCCACAACGUCCGGUUCUGGCUCUCCAACCCUCAUCACAACCGCAUCCAAGCAGACACUAUCACACCCUCAACAACCCCUCACCCAAACACAACCGCAGACACAACAACAAAUCCAGGCACAACAACAACAACAAAAACAACAAAAGCAGCCAUCUCCUUACCCACCAACUUCAAUCUACACCAUCGACGACUUUAUCACCCGGUACGCCUGCAAGAUGCACUACGGAGACCAAUUGAUCAAGGGACAGAUGCAAAAGAUCGAAACCGUCAAGCACGAUCCCACACAAGACCAAAAGUAUCGUGAACUCUAUGUGGGCCUGAGUAGUUUAGAAAUCAAAGUCCGGGAGUAUGAGGAUAAGAUCGAGAGUUUAUUCAGGCUCAAGUUUAGUGGCAAUUGA